AUGGAUUAUGGUGAUGAUAAGAAGAGAACCAGAAAACCGUUCGGUUAUUGGUUGCCGAACCGAAUCGAUCUAAAGACCAAAAUCCCAAAAUAUUUUCACCGUGAACCAGAAACUUAUCCUUGCAUUGGGCAUUGUCUAAAAGUUUACGGAAAUAUGAAAUGUGAUACGGACUGUAAAAAACAACAUUAUAUUGGAGGUGGUUGUGAUUAUCUCAAAAGAGGUCCAAAAACGCCAUUAUGUUGUUGCUUCAAAGCUACAUAACCGUUAUCCCCAAAUUGAGUAUUGUAUUAUGCUAUUUAACAGCAGUAAUAUAUAUACUACUUAUUAUUGUGUCAAAAUUGUAAGCUCUUUAAUAAUAAACUAAAAUCAAUAUAAAUUUUUUAAAAUAAAUGUAUGUUUCCUAAAGCUUGGUUCUACAUUUGGAUGAGUGUUUAUUAACUCAUCUUGUUGCUCAGAAAUGUGAUAAACUCUUGUUUUAUGAUUCUCAUAAAUUUCCUAAUAACUUGAAUAUCAGAAUCUCAUAACAAAAAACAAAAAACAAAA